AUGGAAACAGAACAUCAGGCAGACAAAAAUGCGGAAUUGGGUUAUGACAGUGGAUCAACCGUUGCUCCCCCCAAUAAAUAUAGUACAUUACGCUCUAGGUUCAAUUUAGGACCUGACACUAUGAGAAAUCAUGUUAUUGCCUUUUUUGGGGAGUUGGUUGGCACAUUCAUGUUUUUAUGGUGUGCCUAUGUUAUUGCAAAUAUUGCAAAUCAUGAUGUCUUGUUAGAUGUAUAUCCAGAUGGUUCCCAUCCAGGCCAAUUGAUAAUGAUUGCGCUGGGUUUUGGGUUCUCAGUGAUGUUUUCAAUCUGGUGUUUUGCAGGUGUUUCUGGUGGUGCUUUAAAUCCAGCUGUGUCUCUAUCACUAGCACUUUCAAGAACUAUUACACCAAUGAGAUGUAUAGUGAUGUGGGUUGCUCAAAUGUUAGGAGGUAUGGCUGCUGGUGGAGCUGCUAGUGGUAUGACUCCAGGUCCUGUUUUGUACGCAAACACUUUAGGCAACGGCUGUUCAAGAACUAGAGGUUUGUUUUUAGAAAUGUUUGGCACAACUAUUUUAUGUUUAACAGUACUAAUGACAGCUGUGGAGAAAGGUGAGUCCAAUUUCAUGUGUGCAUUGCCAAUUGGUAUAUCUCUGUUUAUUGGGCAUCUUGCAUUAACCGGUUACACAGGAACAGGUGUUAAUCCUGCAAGAUCAUUUGGAGCAGCCUUGGCAGCAAGAUCCUUCCCAGUGUAUCACUGGAUCUACUGGAUUGGUCCUCUACUAGGUGCUAUUUUGGCCUGGUUCGUGUGGCAAGUGCUUCAAUGGUUAGACUAUAGCAGCUACGUAACCAGAGAAAAGGAAGCAGCUGCUAAAACAAAGGUAAUGGUUGAACCCUAA